AUGAAUUACCCCGAUCAAGCAUUGGAUUAUUAUAACAAAGCAUUGAAAAUCUAUCAAAAGACAUUACCGAGUACACAUUCGGAUUUAGCUAUGCUAUAUUAUAAUCUUGGUCUUCUUUAUAAUGGGAAAAACAACUUUCAAUUAGCGUUGACGAAUUUUCAAAAAGCGGCAGAGAUUUUCAAGGCAACUCUAUCUGUAACUCAUCCGUUCAUAGCUGCAGUUCAACAGCAAAUUCAACAAGUUUCAAAUAGACUAAGAUAA